UACGAUUCCUAAAGCUGACGGCGCCGUCGCGUAAUCCAUUCGGUGACACCGUUCGAACCGAUUCCGAUCGGAUCGUGUUGCGGAGCGCAACGGAAACCAGCACGACGGCGGCGGCUACCAGCGUUGUACCUGCGGUGCCAGCGAGGAGCAAGGCCAAACCGGGCGCUUCCUGAAAAAUGCCUCCGCCGCCGCCGCCUGGGCCGCCACCUCCUCCAGGGCCACCGCCACCGCCGGCCCUGAAGCUUGGUGGCGGUGCACCAUCGGCCGAUGGGCGGAACGCUCUGCUACUCUCGAUUCAGAAGGGUACCAAGCUGAAAAAAACGGUUACGGUGGACAAGAGUGCACCGGCAAUUCAGGGCAAGGUCGCUUCCGAUGGAGCAGUGGCGAGGGCGAACAACCGUGCUCCUGGUCGACCAACAGCGGGAGCAGGUGAUGAUGGUGCAGCAACCGCACCAACCGGACCGGGACAACCGAAGCUGGGCGGGUUGUUUGAGGGACUGUCAUCGAUGCCGAAAUUGAAACCGGUCGGUAGCAGAACGCCCACCGGAACAGGAAACGCAUCUUCGGCGGGAAUGCAGCAAAACAAAACACCUUCACCGGAGGCCUCCAAGGGUUCCCCGAUCAACAAUGGACGGGUGGGAAAUGGUGGCGGUUCCGCUGCGCCACUUGACUUCUCGGACGAGCUCGCGCAAAAAUUAACGCUCAAAAAACAGAAACAGCAGCAGGGCAGCAAUAGUAGCAAUAGCAGUUACAGUAGUAACACGUCCUCGUCGGCCAUCAAUCCCCCUCCCACAGCGGUACCGAACGAAACGAACCUGCGGCUAAACCGGGGACCACCACCGCAACCACCAACAUCGAUCCAACGGCCUUCCGGAGACAAUGCGUCGUCAAAGACGGCACCAUCACCAGCAUCCAGUCAGAAAAGCCAAGCACCUGCAACACCAAACCACCUGAACCACCACCUAAGGCUGGCAGCAGCGAAACCGUCGGCCGCGAAUGGACCACUGUCCAGCACCACUAGUCCCACAAUUAAUGCAAUCGGCGGCAGCGCACCGAUUCCGAAUCGAUCCGCCCUGUUCGGUAGCAAUACGACGGCGAUGACGACGACAGCGGCUAGCAGUGCUACGAUGGGCAACGGUAGUGUACCGACGGCGGCGGCUGCAGCGUCAACUGUAAUCCCGGUGGCACCGAAACCGGUACCAAACUAUGGCAAACCAAAUCUAGCACCGAAACCGCCCGGUAUGCAGCUGGGGGGGAUGGCCGGAGAUGGCGGAAGCAGCACAACGCGACCAACCGUGAGUCGACACCAGAGCAUGCGAAGUCCAAGGUCCCCUCCGGUCUCGCAAACGGCACCGGUGUUUCCUGCCAAUCACUUCGGUACGAUGCGUGGACCACCCUCGUCAGCGGCCAUGUUCCAGUCGUCGGAAUCGAUCGUGCGACCAGUGCGGGAAGUAACGGGUCGCCCAUCUGCACCACCGCCAAAGCCUCCAACGAUGAAACCACCGCCACCACCACCAGUACGGAGCGUCAGCAAUACGAACCUAACGCACCUGCCUCCAUCGCUUAGUUUGGCACCAUCGUCACUGGACACGACCGGCACCAGUUCACCGGCGACCGAACCAACCUCGUUCGGUUCGGUGAACAAUGUGUCCUCACUUACACUGGCUGACGAACUGCGGGCAAAGGUAUCGAAUGCUAACCUAUCGGUGGCCGGCUCGUCCGCAAACUCCAUUUCCACCGGUAACUUGAGCGUGCUCGGUGGGGGUGGCACCUUGACAAAGGGUGGAAGUUUAAAGACGACGGCAGCACCACCAUUACCACCCCAUCGGACAAGCCCGGCGCCACCGCCACCGGUUGCGGCAUCGGCAAUACUGAACACGGGUGAAGCGCCAGUACCACCACAACGAAUUUCGUCAAUUCGUAACUCGGCCGGUAGCGGUAGCUUACCGGCAGUAUCGACUGUCACUAGCAGUAACAGCAGCAGUAGUCACAAUCAGAGUCAUCAUAGUCAAAGCAGCACCGUUAUUAUCACCAGCAGCAGCACCACAUCGUCUACCGGUGGUAGUCUACAUCGUAAGGACACAUCGCUAACGUCGGUCACCAGCAGCAGUUCAUCAACGGUAACGGCAGCGACGACCGGCACCAGUACUAAGAUGCCGUUGCCCGAGAUAGACCUAGAGUCGAAGUAUGCGUUCUACUUUCACAAGGUGACGGAGUUUCCGCAACCGAUACCGUUCCUCAAUGUGCCGAAAAUCUAUCAAAGCGAACUGCGCCAGCAGCAACAACAAUCCGCGCAACAAGGUGCACAGCAACAACCGCAUCGGCAGUAG